AUGGCGGUGUGCGAGACACCAGUAAUACCAAGGCGAAUGUACGAGUCACCAGUUACACCAAAGGUUCAGUACGAGACACCAGAUACACUAAUGACGGUGAACGAUACACGAGAUACACCAAGAACGGGGAACGAGACAUCAGAUACAUUAAUGACGGUGAACGAUACACGAGAUAUACCAAGAACGGGGAACGAUACAUCAGAUACACUAAUGACGGUGAACGAUACACGAGAUACACCAAGAACGGGGAACGAGACAUCAGAUACACUAAUGACGGUGAACGAUACACGAGAUACACCAAGAACGAGGUACAAGACAUCAGAUACACUAAUGACGGUGAACGGUACACGAGAUACACCAAGAACGGGGAACGAGACAUCAGAUAUACUAAUGACGGUGAACGAUACACGAGAUACACCAAGAACGAGGUACAAGACAUCAGAUACACUUAUGACGGUGAACGAUACACGAGAUACACCAAGAACGAGAUACACAAAGGGUGGGGUACAAGACACAAUAUACACCAAGGGUGCAGUACGAGACUCCAGAUACACUAAGGGCGGGGGACGAGACACUAGAAACACCAAGGGCGAUGUGGGAGACACAGAUACACCAAGAGAGGUGUACGUGACACCAGAUACACCAAGGGUGAUGAACGAGAUACCAGAUACACUAAUGGCAGUAGAGACACCAGAUACACUAAUGGCGGUGUAUGAGAUACCAGAUACACGAAUGACGGUGUACGAGACACCAGAUACACUAAUGGCGGUGUAUAAGAUACCAGAUACACAAAUGGCGGUGUACGAAACACUAGAUAUACCAAGGGCGAAGUACGAUUCAUCAGGUACACGAAAUGCGGUGUACGAGACACCAAAUACACUAAUGGCGGGCGGUGUACGAGACACCAGAUACACCAAGGGCGGUGUACGAGACACCAAAUACAAAAAAGGCGGUGCACGAGACACCAGAUCCACCAAGGGAGGUGAACGAGACACCAGAUACACCAAGGGGAUGAACGAGAUACCAGAUACACUAAUGGCAGUAGAGACACCAGAUACACUAAUGGCAGUGUAUGAGAUACCAGAUACACUAAUGGCGGUGUAUGAGAUACCAGAUACACGAAUGACGGUGUACGAGACACCAGAUACACUAAUUGCGGUGUAUGAGAUACCAGAUACACAAAUGGCGGUGUACGAAACACUAGAUAUACCAAGGGCGAAGUACGAUUCAUCAGGUACACGAAAUGCGGUGUACGAGACACCAAAUACACUAAUGGCGGUAUACGAGAUACCAGUUACACCAAGGGCGGUGUACGAUACACCAGAUACAAACAUGGCGGUGUACAAGACACCAGAUACACUAAGGGCGGUGAAUGAGAUACCAGAUACACAAAUGACGGUGAACGAGACACCAGAUACACCAAGGGCGGUGUACGAGACAUCAGAUACACUAAUGGCGGUUUACGAGACACCAGAUACACUAAUGGCGGUGUACGAGACACCAAAUACACUAAUGGCCGUGUACGAGACACCAGAUACACUAAUGGCGGUGUACAAGACACCAGAUACACUAAGGGCGGUGAAUGAGAUACCAGAUACACAAAUGACGGUGAACGAGACACCAGAUACACCAAGGGCGGUGUACGAGACACCAGAUACACUAAUGGCGGUUUUCGAGACACCAGAUACACUAAUGGCGGUGUACGAGACACCAAAUACACUAAUGGCCGUGUACGAGACACCAGAUACACUAAUGGCGGUGUACAAGACACCAGAUACACUAAUGGCGGUGUACGAGACACCAGAUACACUAAUGGCGGUGUACGAGACACCAGAUACACUAAUGGCGGUGGACGAGACACUAGACACAACAAGGGCGGUGUACAAGAUACCAGAAACACUAAUGGCGGUGUACGAGACACUAGAUACACUAAUGGCGGCGUUCUGA